AUGUCUUUAAUCUAUGAGGGAGAUGUUAUCACCGAGUCGCUAGUAGAUAGUGAUGGCCUACCCGAUGCAGAGGAUACCUCUAGCCUGGACCAUAAUAACGAUCCCUUCGCCCACAACCAGGACUCAACCCGCCAACAUGAGGAUGAAGGCGACAAUGGGUGGGACGGCCACCGUUGGGCUGUGGACCACUCCUCAGGGCACCACCGGUUCCGAGCUAGACGCUUCAUCGAAAAGGUCCUCCGAAGUGAUUUCGAGCCAGCCGAUGCUAUCAAGAUGCUACAGGAGAAGCACACUAUUGACUUUGGGUCUCGCGCUGGAGGUAGCGCGCCAGCGAAGGCCACGGACGCCUUCUUCCCGCAGUUCUUCCUUGACUUCUUCAGCAUCGUCGGCAAGCCACGCAGCCCCAUCACGAAAAGCGACGGGCCCGUCUUCGACAACAUCGAGUUCUCUCUUGAGUCAUACGCAGCGCCCUAUAGCGCAAAGCAUAUCGGCGGCAUCCCGUUCGAUAUCACCGGGCGCACGUUCAGGGUCGCCAAGGCUGGUACCCGAGAGGUCUGGUUCGUCGUCAUGCACCCCGUGGCGCACGAGCCGACCUCCAGGGGCGGGGGCCCGCGCGAGAGACAGACGGCCUCAGAGAAGAGCGGGAUGCCGGCUGGGUUAGCCCGCGAGCUGGCUGCAUAUAUCGUGGGCGUCUUCCAGUCGCCGCAGCUGCUUGGCGAGGGGGUUGAGGCCUGCUGGCGGUUGGGGACAAAGAGCACUCAGCGUAUAAGCUCAGCUAAGUGGCAGGUCUUCCAGCAGCAGUUCAUGGACGGUUGGGCUGUCUGGGCCAGCAACCACAACCACAAUUCAUUCUGGCGACGCCACGAGCCGGCGUUCCACGCGUAUGACUACGGCGCGAAUAUCGAGAUUCAGGUCAGCGAUAGCAUCUACGACCUGCCGCGCGAGAGGCAUAUACCCUAUGAGGAGGAGGAGGAGGAGGAGGAGGAGGAGGGCGGGGAGCAGGGCCCUAGAGAUGGAAAUGUUCAGCAGGACAUUGAAGAGCUCUCUCUUAACGAUGAACAAAGAACACACAGCGAUGCAGUGGACGGCCGGGAGUACCAGCAGAUGCUCAGGGAGAGCAGGGACCUGCAGAGGAUGAUUAUAGAGCUCGACGCCCGCUUUGAUCUCAGCAGUAUCAGUGCUAUAUCGUACGCCCUUGCAGUCUGUAUCAACAGCGAGUCGGGUAGCUCGCAGACGCGCUGCCUCCUCGCCGACCGGAACAUGGUGGCGCGAGAGUACCCUGGUAACCGCGACUACACCUUCUACCCGCAGGCCUUCCACCCAACGUAUGGAAACUUCUCAUCCAGCCAGCCGCCCGCCUUCCUCAACUCGCUCUACACCGCUAUACAGGGGAAUAUGAGCGACCGCAAUGAGGGCGCAGACGUGCUGUCGUUCGGCUACUUCCAGGGCUACUCCAACAUCAAGAGAAGCGUGCGCCACAGCGCCAGCGCCCUCCUCGCAACGAAGGGGUACGCGACAGCAGCGCUAACAGCCCCAACGUCACACACAUCCGCCAUGUCGUACACAAGAGACAGGCGGGAGAGGCUGCUACGUUGUAUCCGUGGCGACCUCACGCCUGAGCAGCCUGAGGAGUCUAAGCCAUUUGCGCGAGAGCGUAGGCAGCUGGACAUCGCUAUCGAGAAGGAUGAGGUAGCAUACCGGAUGGAGCAGGUUGUAUCACUCAAUAUACGACAUAUGGACAGCGUUGAGCGCACAUUCGAGAACGUUAUUCGCCCUAUUUUCCAACUCAUGCGCUUCUUCCUCACAGAGCAUGAGUCGUAUGUCCACAUCUUUCGGUCUAUACCAGUCGGAAUCUUCCCCCGUAUCAUGUCAGCCUACUGCCGCCUGUUUGAGCUUGCUAUCUGUGAGAUGGAACGGCGUUACGUUGCUGGCGGCGAGCGCGGCCUAGACCUCGCACACUCUGAGGCUGUUGCAGUACUUGACCGGCUUGGUGGGUAUAUCUUCACCGGGCAUGAGCGCCACCUGCCGAAGACGGUGCUCCGGCCGCUAGGCACCAUCGACAGCCUUCUGGCUGGGGCGUGGCCCUAUAUCGACCCAGCCGUACUAGACCUCGCUCCAGCCGGGGCAGCGACCUGCUUUAUGGACACCAGCCGCACCACUACGGCGACCCGCCUUGCCUCCCACCGGGAGACCGAGAUCUGGUUCAGCCAGCUAGGCCGGGACGCAUUCAAGAGCCAUGCAGCUGUGACGGAAUAUGUGACGGAACUCAUGCGGGAGAUGUGGAUCCCCCAGACGAAGCUCUUCAUAGCUAACCAACUACGGCGCAGGCUGCAAGAAGGUAGUAGCGACACUGGUAGUAUGCCUAUUACCUUAGAGCAGAAAGAGGCGUGCACGACUUUGCUACUCAAGCUUCUCCGCGUUGUCUCUACUGAGAAGGGGCGGGCAGCAUCCGCGCCAGUCAACGCGACAUGGCCGGACCAUCUACAGGCGGCCAUAACUAGCGGCAACCAGGCCAGCAACGGACUCAAGCCCGACGAGGGCCCGCUUAACGUCAACAACCGUCGCUCCCUGAGGCGCGCGGCGCAGGAAGCUCAAAUCAAGCACGAGAAAGCUGCGCACGACCGGGCGCUCAGGCAGACGCGCAGAACCAUCAACUUCGGCUGCAGCUUCCCCCUCACCGACGUCCCCAGCCUUAUUACGGACGGUUUUCUCAAGGCUAAGGCGAUCUUCUCUAACAAGGGCGAUAUACAGGUUCUGGACCACUACCAGCUAGCGAUAAACGUCCUCUACAGCAACAUCGAGGACCCCCUCUGUUGCCUGAUGCUGAUGAUCACAUUGACCAGAAAGGACCCGGCCCAGCUGGCCCUCGUUAUGGUCACGAGGAUGAUGUGGUUCCUCUACCCCGCCUCGUUCCCCUGGAAGAAGGGUUCAAGUGGGACGGCCUAUGAUGUAGCCGAGAUGACGAAGAAGAUUGAGCAUAAGGGGUGCAGCAACAGGAUGUUGCGUGAGCUGGGUUGGGUCACCUCAAAAAGCAACCGCGACAGCCCCCGAAACACAGACCUGCAGCUGCGGCCUCAAGAGGACCUCCUCCAGACACUCCGAGAGCUACGGUCGGCCAUGAAACGACCAGACGACUUUAUCAGCGUGGUCUUCAAACAGCCAGGACAGCAUCUGGACGGAGCGUUGCGCGAGCAUCAUCAAGGAUCGAUAAGGUUAUAUAAAUACAAUAAACAGGGCGAAUAA